UCUGGGUAUUUCGAACAAAAUGCUCAAAAAUACAUGAAACAUCAACUUAUGAAUUCAUCUGAGAAGCCUGGCGAAGCGCACUCCUGUAGACAACCGAGGUUUCAUCAUAAUUGCCAAAAGAUCGAAUAUAGGUUAACCAUGAACAAGUUUCAUGAGAAUACAACCAGUUUAGUUAUUUUGCAAUGA